AUGUUUGUGCAGCAACAGUCUUAAUUAGCAUUCGCAAAGUACGGAAAUGUAAAGAAGAGCCCUAUGAUAGCUCCAGAGAAGAAGAAGUUCGAUUCCGGUGAUUAUUUCAUGGAGUAUGAAAAGCUUCGCUAAGCAGCAGGUUUAUCAUCAAAGGACUAGCAAACCACUGGCAGUAUAGAACAGGAUUAAUAGCAAUGA